CCGCCCUCUUAUAAUGCAGCAUGGGCAAAAAAUACCAGACUCGGUAGCUUCAGCUGAGGGAUCAAACUCAUUUUGUUGAAUGUUUAGAGCGACUGAACCCAAGUGAUGUACCAACAAUGCCGAUAGUGGAUAAACUCAAGGAGGCGCUAAAACCUGGUCGGAAGGAGACGAGCGAUGAGGGUGACCUCAACAAGCUGCUGGCUUCUUCCGCCAAAAAGGUCCUUUUGCAGAAAAUUGAGUUUGAGCCAGCCAGCAAGGGUUUCUCCUAUCAGCUGGACAGCCUGAAGAACAAGUAUGUUAUCCUCAAUCCCAAAACAGAGGGGGCUACAGGGCAGAAGGCGACAGAGCCUGCUUAUAUAAAGAGACAAGUCUCAGAGAAUGUGGUUGGGAGUCAGGGCGAUGGGAUCCCAGCCCCGCAGAAGAUGCUCUUCCCAGGGAACAAGCUUACUCUUAAAUGGGAGCGUGUGUACAGGGUGGGAGCUGGCCUUCACAACCUGGGAAACACCUGCUUCCUCAACUCCACCAUCCAGUGUCUCACCUACACCCCGCCACUUGCCAACUACUUGCUGUCAAAGGAGCACAGCCGUGCCUGUCACCAGUCAGGCUUUUGUAUGAUCUGUGUAAUGCAGAACCAUAUUAUCCAAGCCUUUGCCAACACAAGCAAUGCCAUUAAGCCUGUGUCCUUCAUCAGAGACCUAAAAAAAAUUGCUCGACAUUUUCGCUUUGGAAGCCAGGAGGACGCUCAUGAGUUUCUGAGGUACACUGUCGAUGCCAUGCAGAAAGCCUGUCUCAAUGGCUACCCAAAGCUCGAUAGGCAAACGCAGGCCACAACGUUGGUGCACCAGAUCUUCGGAGGUUACCUCAGGUCAAGAGGUGCAAAAAGAAAGUGCCGGCCACCAAACGGUUCACAGUCCAUCGAACCUCUAACGUGCUGACGCUUUCACUGAAACGGUUUGCCAACUUUAGCGGAGGAAAAAUAACAAAGGAUGUUGGUUACCCAGAGUUUCUGAACAUCCGCCCCUACAUGUCCCAGAGCUCAGGUGACCCUGUCAUGUAUGGCCUUUAUGCUGUCCUGGUGCACUCUGGUUACAGCUGUCAUGCUGGCCACUACUACUGCUACGUCAAGGCGAGCAACGGCCAGUGGUACCAAAUGAAUGAUUCAAUGGUGCACUCCAGUAACAUCAAAGUGGUUUUGAACCAGCAGGCCUAUGUUCUUUUCUACCUGAGAAUACCUGAAACAAAGAAGAAUGCAGACGGACAGACCACCAAGCAGGGAAAGUUGCAUUCUGCAAAAAAUAGUGUAUCAUCAGAGCAGAUAAAAAGGGCCAACCUGAACGGGCCUCUCUCCUCCCCACAAGUCACAAAGAAACUUGAGCCUGCACAGCUGCGUAAGAUCCAGUCUAUGGACGGUGGUUUGGGUUUGCCCGUUUCCAGGAAUGGCGUGAACUCUCAGCCACAGCCCAGACUCUCCAACUGGACGUCGUCCUCCAACGGUCCACCAAAGCUGCCGAGCGGACCCACUGUUAUUGAGGAGCCUUUCAAGAAAGUUAAGAAAGCCUCAACCCAGAGCCAGGYGCAGUCCCGCAGCACCACUCCGACCCCUUCCAACAACGGGGCCGGCAGGCCGGAGGGGGAUAAAAAACAAGGUGGCGAGGGAAGAGGCAUGGCAGCAUCUACCUCCUUUAAGUCUUUGUCUGACUCUUCCUCUGCUGACACCACCGACUCAAAGGAGUUAGCCGGACCCAAAAGCGAGCCAGUGAGAGAGACCCCCUCCACCCCUCGAAAAGGCUCCAGCAGCUUGGCGUCUCCAGCGAGGAGCGUGGAGCGCUCUCAGAGCAUGGAGGAGCAGAAGACGGGAAAGCUCAAACCCCCAGCCCUCAACAACAUCACUUCUGAAGCCACCAGCACCAUGUCGCCACCACCUGCCAAGAAGUUGGCACUGUCAGCCAAGAAGGCUUACAGUCGGAGUCUGACCAACAUUGAUGUUCUGCCCCAUUUGCCCAACCAGCUGCCCACUGACCAUUUGCAUCACAAUCAACCUAAUGUCGUCGCCAACGCCCCAUCUGCUCACAGAGUCAACUCAUGCCGUUCACUUAAAGCCCAGUCAUCACCUCAAAACCACUCAUGUGAAUUAUUUGUGCAGAGAAGCCCUCACAAGCAGCCCCUCGUCACCGCACUGCAAAAACCAAAUGAUAACCUUUCCCAUAAAACCAACGGGCUUCACAGUCCAGACCCAAAGAGCCCGAAGUCUUCCAACAACCUCAGCUCUGCGGCUCAAGACCCAAACCCCGACUCUUCGAUUCUAAACGCCAGCCAAAAGAAGAAGAAGAAAAAGAAGAAAAAACGACGGCGUUCUGAGAUGGAAGGCGACACGGAGACGUUUCCAUCGCCGCCUCCGCUCUCACAGUCCAGCCCCGUGGAGUCGGCGAGCGAGAAGAGGUGCAAGAAGAAGAAGAGGAAGCGAAAGAGUGACAGCGAGGAGACGCUGAAAGAGAGCGAGUGCGUCCAGUCUCACUUGGACACGUCGAACCAGGAGGAGGACUGGUGUCAGAGCGGCUUAUGGAGCCUAACGGCCCAAUCAGACGCAGAGCUGUCGAAGCAGAAGACUCAGGUUUCCGCUACAAGUGCGACGCAGCACGAGUCAAAUCAGAACGAGCAGGAACUGAGUUCUGUGAAGAAAAAGAAGAAGAAAAAGAAAAGGGUGAUUGAAGUAGAAGAAGCUUCGCAGGAGGAAAAUUCUACUUGUUCCACAUUAGAAAGAACAUCUGAGCCACAGCCCACAGACACCUGUAAUGACACAAACAACUUGAUAAAGAUGAAAAAUAGGUUAAAAAUGAAGAAAAAGAAGAAGAAGAAGCUAAAAGAAGAGCUGCGUCUGCAGAAGAAGAGUCGGCUCUCUGAUGACGGACUCGCAGAGGAACCACAAUCCAACAGAACCACCUCAGAGGACGGGAAACUUGGCAAACAGAGCGCAGCUCCAGUUGUAGCGUGGGACAGUCAAGUGAAGGACGGCUACAAACGCAGCCAGGCCCAAGUGUCUGACGGGAGUGUGUUAGAGGAAACUUCAAAGCAUGCUCCCUCUGCAGCCUGGGAUGGGAAGAGGAACAGCGAUGUUGUAGGCGAACUACUCAAGAACUCCAAAGAUAAAGCCUACGGGGCCGACGUCCUGAGCUGGGAUGGUGAGGUCUCUGUUGUUAGUAAAGAUGCCAUUGAAGACGUGCGCAGUGCCAUGUGUGACACUGUGAUCGAUGAGUGGGAUGAAGACUUCGACAGAGGAAAGGUGAAGAAGGUGAAAAACUAUAAAAGAGAGAAGUGGAGAACUGGCAGCAACUUCUUCCAGAAGAUCCAGGAUCAGCGGAACAAGUGGUCGGUUUUACCUGGAGGGAAGAGAGUGUUUGGAGUCCGACGCUGAAAAAAGUCCUGACUGAUGCUGAUGACAGCAAAUUAAGACAACCACACCAAACUGUUUUUUCCCUCUUCUCUCUUUUUUUUUUGUUCAGUUCUUCUUGAAUUUUACUCGUGUCCGUUUUCCAAAUUUAGGAGCGAAACGCUGACAGCCCUAAGAUUAAUUUGAACUGAACUUAACUUCCCAGAACUGAUUUUUAAUCUAACCAUCUAAACRGCUUAGAACAUUCAGGCUUUACUAGAUAACCAUCACAAGUCCAUUUCAUGUGAUUUACUGUAUGUUAGCAACCUUCCAGCCUUAGUUACCAUAAAGCUACUGUAAAAUAAAAUGAAAUAGAUCAGAUUUGUGAAAAAAAUGUACCUUUUUAGAUUUGUGGCUUUAUUGUAUCACAGUCUUAGAGCAAACUGUGCUGCUUUUGAAGGCAUAAGGGCUCCCAGGUUAGGAAAGAAGUGACCUUUUUUAACCCUUUUCAUUGUGUUUUCUAUACCAACUUAAACAAACAAAAGAAAAAUCAAUAAUAGACCAUUUCGUAGUUUUUAUUUUAAUGCACAUAUUAACUUCCCCGCGUCACAGAUCAAUGAAUAUAAACAAACAGCUAUAGCUGGACACGCCACUGGAACUGAGCAAAUUUAACAAGCUCAAAAAAAAAACAUUUAUAGGCUAAAAAAAUGUUUAUGAAUAAUCUCAUCUA